GGUGAGAUAACAACAAUAACAUCAUAGGAUGACACUGCUCUCUCAUAUUUGCAUCUCUUACUUCUCUUCAAUUUCUCCUUCUUCAUCUUUCUCAGUUUCACCAACCACUCUCCUCCAAUGUUCUUGGUUGUCCACAGACUCUGGAAACAUUCGAGCCACAAACCUUUGUUCCAACUUUAAUUCUCUUCAUUGUGGGAAGACCCUUUUGCGGCAUAGGCAUAAUACUCCUUAUUUCUCUAUGCCUCCUUCUUCUUCUUCUACUCCUCCUUCUUUUACAUCGUGGGAUGAGACUGGUAAACGAUCCAAGAAAGUGUGGAUAUGGACCACAAACAAGCAGGUAAUGACUGCGGCAGUAGAGAGAGGAUGGAAUACUUUUGUUUUUCCAUCACACCAUCGACAACUUGCUCAAGAAUGGUCUUCAAUUGCAGUAAUAUGCCCACUUUUUGUUAAUGAGGGAGAGGUUUUGGAUGAACAGAAUAAAAGGGUAGCCACAAUUUUUGACGUUUCAAACCCAGAGGAACUAGAGGGACUUAGACCAGAGGAUGAAGAAGCAGAGAGCAUUGUAGUUAAUUUACUAGAUUGGCAGGUAAUACCUGCUGAAAAUAUAAUAGCUGCAUUUCAAAGAAGCCAAAAGACUGUGUUGGCCAUCUCUAAUAAUACUUCUGAAGCUCAGGUGUUUCUUGAGGCGCUUGAACAUGGUUUAGAUGGCAUAGUUAUGAAAAUUGAAGAUGUUGAACCUGUUCAUGAGCUAAAGGCAUAUUUUGACAGAAGAAUGGAAGAAAGCAAUCUACUGAGCUUGACCAAAGCCACUGUGACACAUAUUCAAGUGGCUGGAAUGGGGGAUCGUGUUUGUGUAGAUCUCUGCAGUCUCAUGAGACCUGGUGAAGGACUUCUGAUUGGAUCUUUUGCCAGAGGUUUAUUUCUUGUUCACUCAGAAUGCUUGGAGUCAAAUUACAUAGCAAGUAGGCCUUUCCGGGUGAAUGCAGGACCAGUGCAUGCCUAUGUUGCUGUUCCAGGAAGCAGAACAUCCUACCUGUCAGAAUUGAAGUCAGGAAAAGAAGUGAUUGUUGUUGAUCAGCAGGGUCACCAACGAAUUGCUAUUGUUGGGCGUGUAAAGAUAGAAAGUAGACCACUGAUCCUAGUGGAGGCAAAGAUAGAAUCAGAUAAUCAAACUAUCAGCAUCCUUUUACAAAAUGCAGAAACAGUUGCAUUGGUUUGUCCCCCACAAGGAAAUACAAUGUCAAAAACAACCAUUCCAGUGACCUCACUCAAAGUUGGAGAUGAAAUUGUGUUGAGAGUACAAGGAGGUGCUCGGCAUACAGGAAUAGAAAUUCAAGAAUUUAUAGUUGAGAAAUGAAGUAGUAAUAAUGUAUUCAAGUUGUAAUACUCAUUCAAAUUGUGGACUUUUGUUCUCCCUGCAGAGACAUGGAAAGGGCCAGAGACAUGCAAUCAAAGGGUUAACAUGAUUGCAGAACAGCAAUCACUCACAGAAUUGCUGAUGUAAUCACCAAGUGUUUGUUAAUUUCAGCAUCAUUAUUGAGCUCUAAAUGCAUCUUGGAUGGAAA